AUGACAAUAGUGGUGAGUAUGUUCCACUUUUCGGAGAAGCACCACUCAGCUCUCUAUGAAGAAACCGGCAGGCCCGAAGAGGCCAACAGAGAUGUCGGUAUGAUUGUUCUCAAGGUCAAACGGGUUCAUCUCUGUGGAAAUCGCCCUGCGAACAAAGCGUUGAGUAUCCCAGACUCCAACCAAAGUCGAAACCAAAUUGGAGGAGUUUGCGUUAGGUACGGUGAUGAGAGAAAGACGUUCGAGCAACAUCCCACGACCUGGCAAGUCAAGCCUUAUGACGAAGACAACAAUCGUUCCUACGUUACUUUCGUUUUCCGAUACAGACCACGAGAAUUUCUCCAAGCGCAAGGUAUAAUGCCCGACGAGAAAGAGUCGAAGUCCGCACAGAAAGCUAUCGCACCAAAACGACGAGUUGUGCCUGCUGCAGCAACGCUGACACCUAGUCCAAGUCCUAGCCCAAUUAUGAAAAAAAUGGAAGCCAAGCUUGAUCGCAUGAGCCCCUCGUUGCGACAAGCAUUUUACCCUAGCCCGACCCGCCCGCGAACAACUCAUCCCAACAACUAUCGAACGGUCAGCACAAGAAGUACUGAUAGUAGCGAUCGGUACCCUGGGGAAGGCUUGAUCUUGUUCGAUGACUCGUCUCCUCCCAAGGAAGCGGACACACCGCAAAGAGAGUCUACGACUUAG